AUGACGUCGAGAAACCGGACGAUUUUGUUUAGGAAGCACAGAGAUGCGCUGAAGAGCGUACGAACGCCGAUCGAAGGAACGACGUCGCAUCAACAUAGUAUUGAUUUGGCUGCUACCUCUUUGCUUCAUCGUGGUGCUCGAUCAUAUACGCCUAUUAGUUCUGAGGAUCCUGGAACUUCUAGGAAAGGUGCAGUAGAAGUUGGUCUGCCAUCAGCUUGGGUAGAUGUAUCCGAAGAUGUGGCAUCAAAUGUGCAGUGUGCACGUUCAAAAAUGGCUGAGUUGACAAAGGCUCAUGCAAAAGCAUUGAUGCCUUCAUUUGGAGAUGGUAAAGAAGAUCAGCGCCGAAUUGAGAGCCUUACUAAUGAGAUAACGAAUUUGAUAAGGAAAUCUGAAAAGAGUUUGCAUAGACUUUCUGCUGGUGGACCUACAAAGGACUCGAAUGUCAGGAAAAAUGUGCAGCGUUCAUUUGCAACUGAUCUUCAAAGCUUAUCAAUGGAGCUUCGGAAAAAGCAAUCUGCAUAUUUAAAGCGCCUUCAAAAGCAAAAAGAGGUUAAUGGAGACUUGGAAAUAAAUAUGAAUGGGAGCAGAUCUCAAGUCGAAGAUGCUGACUUGGAUGACCAGGAGAUAAAUGAGCACCAGCUAGCAAGGAUAAGGAAAAGUGAAGCCUUCACUGUAGAGAGGGAGCGAGAAAUCCAACAGGUUGCAGAAUCAGUGAAUGAGCUUGCUCAAAUCAUGAAGGAUCUCUCAGUGUUGGUGAUAGAUCAGGGUACAAUUGUUGAUAGGGUAGAUUACAACAUUCAGAAUGUAGCAGCAACAGUUCAGGAGGGCCUAAAACAGCUUCAGAAGGCAGAUAGAAAUCAGAAGCAUGGGGGAAUAGUGAAAUGUGCAACCAUUCUCAUUAUAAUGUGCUUUGUCAUGCUCGUUCUCCUAGUAUUGAAGGAAAUUAUUUUUUAAAAAGUGAAGGUAUUGGUUUUCACAUAUUAUCAAAUUUGUUUCAUCUGCUAUUAGCCAGAGAGAAAAAGCUUCAGGUUCUUGGCUGGUUCACCUAAACAUGCCGUGUACUCAAUUUUAUGCCUAUUCUGUUUUGAGAGCUUCUAAUAGGGAUUACAUGAAUCAAAACCACGAACAAGUGUGUAUACAUACAAAUGUACUAAGACAACAAUUACAACUUUACAAGACUACAACAUUAGACAAAGGCAGCUAUAGUUUUAUUUCAUUAUUGGAAGAACUACUCUGAAGUGAAACAUUGGUUUUUGUAGAUCUAUCUU